CGAACUUGCAUUGAAAGAAAUCGAUUUUGAAGAGGCUGACGAGUCGGAACCACCUUUUGACAAAAUGGACUACUUUGACCGGGACCCGCUUCCUCUCCUGACUAAUAUCAAGAUCACCAAGAACGUUUGCUCGUACGCCAGAAGUUUCCUCAAGUUGCGCGGGUUUGUUGAAUUUCUGGAAAAAACCAUACCUGUGGACCCUUCGCCUCAGGAUAUACUACAUGUCACUGGUAUGCUUGGCUAUGCGCCCAGAUACGAGAGUCGCUUUUACAGAAAUCAGGACCAAACAGAGGAGUUUAUGCAAAAAUGCAUUCUUUUUCUGCAGAAAGCCAUGAAUCGCGUGCUCAAGAUCCGCACAAGACUUCCCAGCUUUCACAAGAUUGAGCACGUCAAGAAUGCGCUGGAAAAUGCGAAAAACGUCUUGGUGCUUACGGGUGCAGGAAUAUCCACCUCUUUGGGGAUCCCCGAUUUUAGAUCGUCGCAAGGUUUCUACGCAAGAAUGAAGCAUCUUGGGCUCGACGACCCGCAGGAUGUCUUCAGUCUGGAGGUGUUCAAGCGAUCUCCGGAGGUGUUUUACUCGAUUGCACAUAUGAUUCUGCCUCCAGAAGCUGCCUAUACACCACUGCAUGGCUUUAUCCGUCUGUUGCAAGAUAAAGGGAAGCUGCUUCGAAAUUACACACAAAAUAUCGACAAUCUGGAAGCCAACGCAGGGGUGCUAAAAGAAAAGAUUGUCCAGUGCCACGGCUCAUUUGCAACUGCCAGCUGCAUUACAUGUAAAUACAAGGUGCCCGGAGAGACUCUUUUUGGGCACCUCAGGCGCCAGGAAAUCGCCUACUGUCCCUUCUGUGAGAACGAACGAAAGAGCCUACUGGCUCAGCUGGACAAGAUGGAAGACGAGGGCGUUUACUCGCGAAAAUUUGAGUACGUGAACUCCUUCGGAGUGAUGAAGCCUGAUAUUACAUUUUUUGGAGAAGACUUGCCCGAGCAAUUCCACACCACUAUCAAGAGCGAUAUCGAGAAAUGCGAUUUGCUGAUCUGCAUUGGGACGUCAUUGAAAGUGGCCCCAGUUAGCGAGAUUGUUAACCUUGUUCCCAAUCACGUCCCGCAGAUUCUGAUCAACAAAGAUCCCAUCUACCACUGCGAAUUUGACGUUGACAUUCUGGGCUACUGCGACCACGUGAUCACCUAUCUCACGGGCAAGGAACUGGGAUGGCGAAUCAACCACAAGGACUUCGACAAGAUCCUGAACUCUGGCCUAGAACUGACGGUGAUCGACGAGGCAGCAGGCUGCUACGAGGUGACUGACGAGGAGACGCGCAAGAAGCUAGAUGCUGAGCUCGCGGAGCAUGACGAGGAGGAUACACAAGCUAGCGAGCAGCAAAACUCUGUCGAAAAAUAGUUAGUUGGGCUACGCAUAACAAGCGAUUGCUGCUUGCUGAUGAAAGAAACUUCCAGAAAUACAAAAUAUGGUGAUUUAUAAUAUCGGCAAAGUCGGCAUACGCUCGGCUAAAAUUUAGUGUGAAAUUUGACGCAAGUAUUAAAGAGCACUCAGAGGCAAGUUUUUUUACCUUUAGUAUGACUGAAGCUCCAAUUGUCAACAAUACCCUGACUGUUGAUGCAGUCACAUACUACAAUUAUUCCACGCCUUUAGAGAUUGCCAAGAGAGAGAUCAAGGGCCGUUCCGAAUCCUCUUUCCUGGCUCCAACCGAAAUUUUGGUGAAGACAAAAUAUGCUGCCUUGAAUCCCGUCGAUGUGUGCUUAUGGCAACUAUGUCCAAAAUGGUUGAAGAGAGGCCAACCAAAAGGCUUUGGUGGAGACUUUUCUGGCGUGGUCCUGCAAACCGGUUCCGAAGUAAAAUCUUUCAAGGCUGGAGACAAGAUCUAUGGAGAUAUCCUAAGUCCUUACACUCCUUAUGGAUCCUUCGCAAACUACCAGGUCAUUGAUGUGACCAAACAAACAAAGAUCGCCAAGGUUCCUGAAGAAUUGCCUAUGGAGAAGGCUGCUGGCAUUGUGAUUCCAUUUGCUACCGCAUACGAGCUGAUCACCAGACAUAAGAAUCUGAAAGACGCAAAUGUCCUUGUUCUUGGUGGAGGAACCUCCGUGGGUAUGAUGGGACUUCAGAUAGUUAGACAUCUGGGUGCCAAGUACAUUCUCACCACCUGCUCUUCGAAGUCAAUCAGUAUUGCUUCCGAUUUUGGUGCUCACGAAACAGUGGACUACCAUGACAAAGAAGAAGAGUACAAGCAGAUCGUUGAAGCCGCAAAGAAACACGGAAAGUUCGAUCUUAUCUUUGAUACCUGCAGAGACGAAGUUUUGCUUGGACGUCUGAAGGACGUCCUUAAGACCAAGAGAGAGGGUGGAAAGUACAUCCAGGUUAUGGGAAGCAAUACCAUGUCUUACGGAACAGUCAGGUACACGGAUAUGCUGCCAUCCAGGGGAAAUCUGAGAGAACAGAUUCUCUCAAAACUAGGACUUUCCAACUACGACUUUGCUGUCGGGAACCUUAGCGAUGGUGCGGGCUACGCUAAGGCUGUGAGCGACAUGUGGGAGAAUAGACAAUUCAACGUCCUGGUGGAUACGAUUUACAAGUUUGAGGAGUUCAAAAAGGCCGUCGACAAGUUCCAAAAUGGCUACGUCAAGGGUAAGCUUUUAGUUGAGUUUAAUUGAGUUGUAGUUUGGUGCAAGGAUGUAAUUUUAAUCAUAUUCGAUAUUACAGAACAAA